CUUCUCAGUCUCAUCACUGCACCAUCUCCUCUCCUCUGUCUCUUUCACCCUCUCCACCACCGCCACCGCCAUUGCUGCCAUAUAUUAUUAGCUUUUCCAUUUUUCUUCUUUAAUUUUGAACGUUGCAAAUAUGGGCACCGUUGACUACGCUUACCCGUCCUCGACAAAUGCAGAGUGUGCUCAUCGGGUGGCGAUUCCGCCGCCGCAGCCGUUUUUCAAGUCACUAAAAUAUAAUCUGAAAGAAACUUUCUUUCCUGAUGAUCCAUUUCGGCAGUUCAAGAACCAGCCUCCAUGUCGGAAAUUUACAUUAGGCCUCCAAUAUUUCUUGCCAAUUCUUGAAUGGGCUCCUCGUUACACUUUAGAGUUCUUGAAGGCUGAUAUUAUUGCAGGAAUCACUAUUGCUAGUCUUGCUAUUCCUCAAGGAAUAAGCUACGCUAAGUUAGCCAACUUGCCGCCAAUUCUUGGGUUAUAUUCAAGCUUUGUUCCACCUCUUGUUUAUGCAAUGAUGGGAAGUUCAAGAGAUUUGGCAGUAGGGACAGUGGCCGUUGCAUCUUUGCUAAUAGGUUCCAUGUUAGGAGAUGAGGUUAAUGCUAAUGAGAAUCCUAAGCUUUAUCUUCACCUUGCUUUCACAGCAACAUUUUUCGCUGGAGUUUUCCAAGCUUCUCUCGGCUUGUUAAGGCUAGGAUUUAUCGUGGAUUUUCUGUCACAUGCAACGAUAGUAGGUUUCAUGGCAGGAGCAGCCACAGUAGUCUGUCUGCAACAGCUAAAAGGGAUAUUGGGGCUUGAUCAUUUUACCCAUGCUACAGAUCUUGUCUCAGUCUUGCGUUCUGUAUUCUCCCAAACCCAUCAGUGGAGAUGGGAAAGUGCCGUUCUUGGCUUUUGCUUUCUUUUCUUCCUCCUUUCCACCAGAUACUUCAGCAAGAAACGACCAAAGUUCUUCUGGGUAUCAGCAAUGGCACCAUUGACGUCCGUCGUUUUGGGAAGCAUUCUUGUUUAUCUCACACAUGCUGAGAAACAUGGAGUUCAAGUGAUAGGACACUUGAAGAAAGGGUUAAAUCCACCGUCCUUUGGUGAUCUGGUGUUCGUGUCUCCUUAUCUGACGACAGCUAUCAAGACUGGCAUCAUUACUGGCGUCAUUGCUCUUGCUGAAGGAAUAGCUGUGGGAAGAAGUUUUGCAAUGUUCAAAAAUUACCAUAUUGAUGGUAACAAAGAGAUGAUUGCUAUUGGUACGAUGAACAUUGUAGGUUCUUGCACUUCUUGCUACCUCACAACAGGGCCAUUUUCGCGAUCGGCUGUAAACUACAAUGCAGGUUGCAAAACAGCAGUAUCAAACAUAGUUAUGGCAUUCGCAGUGAUGGUUACGCUGUUGCUAUUGACCCCAUUGUUCCAUUACACUCCGCUAGUGGUUUUAUCUGCUAUUAUUAUCUCCGCCAUGCUUGGCCUUAUCGAUUAUGAAGCAGCAAUCCAUUUAUGGCAAGUUGAUAAGUUUGAUUUCUUAGUCUGCGCAGGCGCCUAUCUGGGUGUCGUUUUUGGCAGUGUUGAGAUCGGAUUGGUCAUUGCGGUGUCGAUUUCUCUGCUAAGGGUGCUUCUGUUUGUUGCAAGACCAAAAACAUUCAUUCUUGGAAAUAUUCCGAAUUCUAUGAUGUAUAGAAAUGUUGAACAAUACCCAAAUGCAAAUACUGUUCCUGGCGUUCUUAUACUUGAAAUUGAUGCUCCUAUUUAUUUUACGAAUUCAAGCUACCUAAGAGAGAGGAUCACAAGGUGGAUUGAUGAAGAGGAAGACAAGUUAAAAUCUUCAGGAGAAACCAGUCUGCAGUAUGUUAUUCUAGACAUGGGAGCUGUUGGUAACAUUGACACAAGUGGAAUCAGCAUGCUUGAAGAAGUCAGGAAGGUUACUGAUAGAAGGGAAAUCAAGCUUGUACUUGCCAACCCUGGAGCAGAGGUGAUGAAGAAGCUAAACAAGUCCAACUUCAUUCAAAACUUUGGUCAAGAAUGGAUCUUUUUAACAGUAGGAGAAGCUGUUGGAGCAUGCAACUUCAUGCUUCACACAUGCAAGCCAAACGCUUCAAAAGAUGAAUCUCAGGCAUAUAGCAACGUCUAAGCUAUAGUUUAAUUAUUUUAUUUAUGAGCAGAAGCAAGAGUUUUUUUUCCUCUUUUCCAUAAAUAUAGGUGGUGUUAAGAGCAAAUUAAUUAGGAUGGAUGUAAUUAGUAUGUGCAUCAGGAAAUGAAGCACAAGUUGAUCUGAUGCAUUUUAGAUAAAUUAAAGUUGGGUUGGGGGUAUUUUUUUCCUUCCAACAGUAUAAAAUGGAGUUGUACAAUAUGCUUCUUUAUACAUGAAAUUUUAAUUGAAGAGCCUUUUGGGGCUCCCAAAAGAAAAUUCCAGUACAGACUUUCAUCCAA